GAGGCCAUUUCAAUGUUUUAUUAUUUACCAGCUGACUUGACGUCGGCGUGAAGGGUUGGCUUACAACGAUGGAAACAUUUGGAAAACCGCUUCGCCAGCUUGUGUUACCUGAGAUGCUCAUGAUACGCUUUUAUGUUUAAACAGGUUUAGAGCCGAGGGAGCUAAUAGGAAGUGUGUUGGGUGCAGAUCCAAAUACUAACAUUACUAAACCAGUGUUGCUGCAUCGGCACUUCAACUUCAGCAGGAAGACGUCGAGGGGAUCCUGCGCUCCAUGUGUUUUAUCAGAUUAUUGCACCAUCACUUUAUAAAUCUGUAUGGGGGCAUUCCUCCUUGGUUUGGCAGUUCUUGUCUCAUUGUCCUCCUAAGAAGGCUGUGUGCCAGUGUCUUCACCUGCUCUGAAACUCCAUCAUCACUCGUACCGAUCCACUCCUCUGCCAGCAUGGCCAACGCAGACUCUGUCAGUGUGCGAAUCUUCUCUCUUAACUGCUGGGGGAUCCGCUAUCUUAGCAAACACUGUCCUGAACGCUACCGCAUGCUGGGACAAUUGUUGUCCAAGGAAAAUCAUGAUCUUAUCUUACUGCAAGAGGUGUGGAGUGAGAAGGACUUCCUCUACUUAAAACAGAAACUUGCCAGCAGUCAUCUUCACUCUCAUUACUUCAAAAGUGGAGUCAUCGGCAGCGGACUGGCCAUUUUUUCUAAACACAGAAUCCAUGACACAUUUCUGUAUCGCUACUCGUUGAACGGUUAUCCUUACAUGGCUCACCAUGGAGACUGGUUUGGAGGAAAAGCUGUUGCCAUGGCCGUCAUAAGCCUCGGCAGCCUGACUGCAAACGUCUAUGUCACACAUCUGCAUGCUGAGUACAGCAGAGAUAAGGACUCUUACCUACCUCACAGGGUGGUUCAGGCCUGGGAGCUGCAGCAGUUUAUCCGUCACACUUCUGUUGGAGCCGAUGUAGUGAUUCUCGGUGGCGACCUCAACAUGCACCCUCAGGACCUCGGCAACAGACUGCUGAGAUCUUACACUGGACUGCGAGACGCCUAUUUAGAAACUGCUAAAUUUGAUGGAUGUGAGGAUGGAAUAACUCUAAUAGCAGACAACCCUUUUAUCUGUAAAAAUGGACUCGCUCCAUUUGAGAAGGGAAUUCGGAUUGAUUAUAUCCUGUUCAAGGGUUCCCCUAAAACAGGCAUUCAUUGCGAUUCCAUGUCCACCACCAAAGGCUCCGUACCUAACCAUCCGUUCCCGUACUCGGACCAUGAGGCUCUCACAGCCCAGUUAAGGCUGGAGUCCCACGUUCCAGCUGAGGCUGGAGACGACAGACAGUUAAAGACUCACAACUUUAAUGCAGGGAACCUGGCUGAGUUGGUUGACAUCAUGACAGAGGCACGUACAGAAGUGAAAGUGGGCUUGCACUGUGCUGAGAGGAUGCGCUACACAGCAGCACGUACUGGAGUGAUGGGCUUGGCUCUGCUCUUCCUGGAGCUGGUCAUUGCAGCAGUGCCUUGGUUGGCUCUGGGAGCAGAACAGCCCUUCCCCAGCACCUCCUUCUACCUGCUGGCUGCGUUGUGCUUCGCCAUCCUGCUGACCACCUCUCUGCUGUACAUCUUUUACACCAUGGAGGUGAAAUCUCUCCAGGGGGCUGAAGAUCAGAUGAGGCUGGCUGUAGGUAGCCUGCAGGAGAAGCUCAGGGGUUUUCAUGCGUCUCAGCCGCUCAGUGACCCCCAGAAGCCCCCAGAGGGGCCGGGGCCCGGUGCCUUUGACCCAGAAGAAUGAUUUCAAAGUGCGCUCAAAGUAAGCUCAUUGAAGGAAGGCUUUGAUGUCAGCUUUAAGAGGGACUUUCGAGGAAGUCUCCUCCACUGAAUGUGAUUUUGAGAUAGACGUUAAUGCUGUAAAAUUGACUAUAAUCAAGGGACAUUUUUGAAAGUAAUCCAGGACACAUGCUUUGAGAUUUUUAUACCUUUUUAUGUAGUCAUCUGUAGGCUUUUACUUACCCAAGCUCUCACCAUGUGCACUUGCAGCACGCACACUCUCAUAUGCUUCAGAGUACAGAGUUUUGCAUUUAGACGCUACUGUGUCCUUAAACCUCAUCAAUCUGACCGUUUGUGUUGUAAAGCCUCAGGUCCUACGAUCAUUCCACCCACCAGUAGUUUCACUGGGACCAGUUGUUUUUUUUUUUACCUUAAACCACUCAGCCAUUGCGGGUCCAAUCUGCAUUUUUAUGUAUUUUGUUGAUAUCCUUAAAUACCAAGAGAAAGUUCUCCUGUUGUCUUCACUGCACAGAAGACUGAGACACUCCAAAAGCUGAACGGUUUACAUUCUGGUUUGUCUUGUAGUUUUUGUAGUAAGGCGAAGAUUAUCAUAAAUUGUUGAACUUUUUGAAUAUAGUAUUCUAGGAGAAAAUAACCACUUUUAUAUGCGUGUCGCAGUUCUCGUGCUCAUCACUUUUCACUCAAAUCUACACUCCUCUUUCCUGUACUUUCAAACCUACUUUGAUCAUAUGAAUCAUUCUUACAGAACAUGAUAAACUGUGGAACAUUUACAGGAAAAACAUGUCUUAAUUGUAGAAUAAACAGUUAACCGUAUGUACAUUCUACUAAAUUACUGAUUGUUUUAUGUUGCUUAAAAAGUAUGUUAUGAAGAAGCUACUAGUUUUUGAUUUCAGUGAAGUUCAUGUAGAAUUUCAGGUUGGCACUCUGGCACUCUGCAAACUGUGAAGGAAAUGAUAAUGAAAGCAAUAAUAAAGACUUAACAUGCUUGCACACGGCUAUGGCUUUGUAUAAAUGCAAGAAAUCCACACAGAACAACGGUUGAUGGCUGAGACCAUGCAGGAUUAAAUACAUUUAAGAUUCGCAUACUCGCCGCUAGAGGGCGCCAGCGGGCCAUUGCACCAGUGUACUUCCUGUCACCUUCACCUGACAGAUGAACUGCAAACAAAACAAAACUUUCCCCAGGAGCUAUUUGGAAACAUUAUGACAUAUAAAUGAGCAGACAUGCCAGAUCUAGAUAUGAGAGCUCCCGUGGGUGGGGUCAUAUUAUUAUUUUUUUGUUAUCUUAAAUCUUGCAAAGAUGGAUUAAGCUGUUUCACAACAUUCCAGUUCAAUUUGAAUUAAAUGAGGCCUAAACCUUUUUUUUAUUUUUUAAAUACAUCUUUUAAUUGAAUCUAAUGUAACUAAUGAUGCAUAUAUUGCAUUACAUUUUCAAUUGUGUGUCAUUGACUGCAAUAUGGAUAUUACAUGUAACAGUCAGUUCAUGUUAUUUAUUAGUGGGCGAUAUUAGCACUGAUGUUUAACUUGAUUUAAUUUGGCUCCAUUUAAUUGUACUUGAAUUAACUUUUUUGCUUGAGUAGAAGUACCCUGAGACAACUUUUUUUGUUAAUUGAUACCAAAAAAAAAAAAGGAUUUGAAUAUAGCACUAGUGAUGUGCGAAUCGAUACUGAAAUAUCGAUUCUUCCGAUACCAGACCUGUAUGCUCUAAAAUUGAUUCUCAAAUGAAAAUAUCGAUACUUUUGAUACUUCAGUCAUUUGUGGUAAUGUAUAUCGUUAACAGGAAUACGGUGGAAAGUAAUUAAACUAUUCAGAUUUUGUCUAAACGACACGCUGCUGGUAGGAACUGCUUUUUUUCAUUUUUACUUUGACAGUAGUUCUUAUUUUUGUUUAUUAUUCUCUUAUUUAUUUUAAUGGUUUUAUUAUUUUACGUAGGAUAUUUUUUUUGUGAUGGAAACACCUUUUUCAAACACUUGGUUUUUCUGUUGUUGUAGCAGCUCAGCUAUAUCGUGAAUGAGGCCGCUACCUCAGUAUACUUCUGACUUUAAAAUAAAUAACUAAAUAAGUGACUC